CACGCCGGCAGUUAACCAUCAGUAAUUAGAAAAUGUUCUUCUUCUUGUUCUUCUUCUUUUGCAGGAUAUUAUAAUGGGUUCAGCAAUGUGUUUCUUCUCUUUAACAUACAACACCAUCCUUCGCUUGCUUCUAACACAGGGUUCGCUUGCAGUUGUAAUAUUUCAAGAACGACGACACACUGGUAAGAAAUAUGAACCUGUAAUUCUUAUGUUUGGAUUAUGAGCUGAAUUAAAGUGGAGUGCGGCCUCUUGUAGCCGCAGCAGUUGCAAUAUUUCAUUGUGGGCCUUAUUGCAGAAUGAUUACCAAAGUGACGUUUGACUGCUUCUAUAAACGUCACCCUCUCCUGUAGUGCUGUGUAUCCUGUUUUCAUCCAUUACUCUGCCUGCAGUGACCACUCAGCUGCGACACACUGUACAGUGAGAGCAAAACAACAGCCUGAUUUGUUCUGCUGCGUGGGACCUUUUCUUCUGCAUGUGUGGUCUCUACAAGGUAUGCUGGGAUAGGACGACGUUUGUGGAAAACAGGGAAAAUCCAUCUCAUCUUUUAGUCUUGUCUGCGACUUUUGCACGUGCCUCGAGCCAAUCCAUUCCAAGUCCAAUCAAUGACAUCUAAUGGUGUUUUCCGCUUUUUGCGCACGAUUUAACCCGCUCCCAACCCAGCAAGCAGGACAGUAAAGAUUUAAGUGUGAGCUGGAUGUUUGUCAGCCUCAGCCGUUAUGUUUUCCAGCUCUACAUGCGCUCAGUGAUUAGUGGACACGUUCCGAGCUGCUGAGUAUUGAUUGUAUAAUGUAGAUUGUAUGGUAUGCGCUGUGUGUGUGUGUGUGUGGGGGGGGGGGGGGCAGCGGUCACUCCCAGUGUAUUGCAUUCUACCGUUAUAGCCUAAUAUUGCAUCCAGGGGGAAACCCCGGCGGCCAUUGGGCAUCUUGACAUCACAUGGACCCGAGGUCACGUGGUCCGCGAGGCAGAGGGAGGCGAGGGGAGGAGAAAAGUGGGGUGGGAUGAUUUUUGUGUGUGUAAAUCUAGACAGUAAUGCCCCGCCGAUAAUUCACGGUGCCUCGUAAAAAGUCGACAUUAAAUCGCCCCGGGCCAACAAAUCACCGACGCCAAAUUAUGAGUUCACUUGACUUCGCCAACGCGCUGUUUUCCAAAUACCAGCAAGCCGCUGCGAGCUGCUCCGCUCUGCUCUUCACAGAUUCUCCAACUUCUCCCUUUCCGACUUCCUCUGCUGCUCCUGCCGUGUCUUCUUCGUGCGCCCUCGUGUCCAGCGGAUAUCACUUCCAUGUAUCCAGUGGGAGAGGCGGCGGAGAGCUCCCUCUCCCUCCCUCCUCCUUUUCUUCAUCUCAUUCCUCCUCCUCGUCCCCCCCCUCCCAUUCUUCCUCAUCGUUCUGUGUCUCUCUUUCGGGACUGAACCGGAGCAGCGGGAGUAUCGAGCCCAGCGCUCAGCCUUUCAUCCCAGCUGAAGUGCGCACAAGAGGAGCUUUUAGCGCGCCAGGAGCCGGGCCGCUGAGGUCCUCCCUGCAAGGAUGCGCCGCAGAGCGGUUCCCCGAUCGGCCUCAGCUGCUAACCAGGCACCCUGAGCCGGCCUGCAGGAGGCAGACUUGCCCGGAACAGCAGCAGCGGCGGCAGUUAGACGAAGAGGAGCUGCGGAUUUACCCCUGGAUGAGAAGCUCAGGUGCAGACAGAAGGCGCGGGCGGCAGACAUACACGCGUCACCAGACGCUCGAGCUGGAGAAGGAGUUCCACUACAACCGGUACCUCACGCGGCGGCGGCGGAUAGAGGUAGCGCACGCUCUCUGCCUCACGGAGCGACAGAUCAAGAUCUGGUUCCAGAACCGGAGGAUGAAGUGGAAGAAGGAGAACAGGCUGACUGAGAACGGCUCACCAACAGCACCGCUACCGCCCGCGGAGGAGGAGGAGGAGGAGGAGGAGGAGGAGGAGGAGUGAUAACAAUGACCACUGGACACUUUAACACAUCCUAACACUUAUUUUUUUAACUCUUAUUUCUCGAAUUACAUUUCUAACUAUUAAGGUAACGAAAUAAAAAAAAGUGAUAUUUUCUGUUUUAUGAGCAAUCUAUGCGUAGGGGAGACCGGGGAUCGUUGUAACAUUUUUGACAUUUCUGUCUGUAUCUCGGAGCUCUUUUAAGCCAGCGCGUUCAAAAUGUGAUAUAAACUAAUUACAUGUGUCAGCUAUUAAAUGGCGUAGUUGUUAUCUCUGCUACCCAAACUCAAAAUGCAAGGUUUGCUUUAGAUACGUACAAUUACUAAAAUAUAUUGAACUAUAUUGCUCCUGAUAUAACGUGUGGAGUUCUUCUCAAAGGCCCCAUGCUGUUGCACCACAGGAGAAGCUUCUGUUGUAGAUGAGGGCUGGAGAUUUAUAUAAUAGUCUUAUGUUAUGAGGACACUUCACUUAUCUGAUCUGCAGCAAAAAAGGGACAACAUAGUUGAUGAUGAAUAACCCAGCAGAACGUAGGAUUUCUGUGGAUACAAAGCUGAGCAUUAGUGUUAGAAAUGGCUCCAGUGUAGCAGAUGGGAGUGGAAUCAUUCAGUUAUUAGAAUGUCAUACAUAACCUGCUCCAUUCAUUUAUUUAGUUUUAUUCUCAGCCGUAUUAUUGAA